AUGAAUUACCGGUCUCAGCCCAGUUACCUCAUGAAUUACCGGUCUCAGCCUGGUUACCUCAUGACUUACCGGUCUCAGCCCAGUUACCUCAUGAAUUACCGGUCUCAGCCCAGUUACCUCAUGACUUACCGGUCUCAGCCCAGUUACCUCAUGAAUUACCGGUCUCAGCCCAGUUACCUCAUGAAUUACCGGUCUCAACCCAGUUACCUCAUGAAUUACCGGUCUCAGCCCAGUUACCUCAUGAAUUACCGGUCUCAGCCCAGUUACCUCAUGAAUUACCGGUCUCAGCCUGGUUACCUCAUGACUUACCGGUCUCAGCCCAGUUACCUCAUGAAUUACCGGUCUCAGCCCAGUUACCUCAUGACUUACCGGUCUCAGCCCAGUUACCUCAUGAAUUACCAGUCUCAGCCCGGUUACCUCAGGAAUUACCGGUCUCAGCCCAGUUACCUCAGGAAUUACCAGUCCCAGCCCAGUUACCUCAUGAAUUACCGGUCUCAGCCCAGUUACCUCAGGAAUUACCAGUCCCAGCCCAGUUACUUCACACAUUACCAGUCCCAGCCCAGUUACCUCAGGCAUUACCGGUCCCAGCCCAGUUACCUCAGGAAUUACCAGUCCCAGCCCAGUUACCUCACGAAUUACCAGUCUCAGCCCAGUUACCUCAUGAAUUACCGGUCUCAGCCCAGUUACCUCAGGAAUUACCAGUCCCAGCCCAGUUACCUCAUGAAUUACCGGUCCCAGCCCAGUUACCCCAGGAAUUACCAGUCCCAGCCCAGUUACCUCAGGCAUUACCAGUCCCAGCACAGUAACAUCAUGAAUUACCAGUCUCAGCCCAGUUACCUCAUGAAUUACCGGUCCCAGCCCAGUUACCUCAGGAAUUACCAGUCCCAGCCCAGUUACCUCAUGAAUUACCAGUCUCAGCACAGUUACCUCAUGAAUUACCGGUCUCAGCCCAGUUACCUCAGGAAUUACCAGUCCCAGCCCAGUUACCUCAUGAAUUACCGGUCCCAGCCCAGUUACCUCAUGAAUUACCGGUCCCAGCCCAGUUACCUCAGGAAUUACCAGUCCCAGCCCAGUUACCUCAGGCAUUACCAGUCCCAGCACAGUUACCUCAUGAAUUACCAUUCUCAGCCCAGUUACCUCAUGAAUUACCGGUCUCAGCCCAGUUACCACAUGAAUUACCGGUCUCAGCCCAGUUACCUCAUGAAUUACCGGUCUCAGCCCAGUUACCUCAUGAAUUACCGGUCUCAGACCAGUUACCUCAUGAAUUACCGGUCUGAGCCCAGUUACUUCUCACAUCACCAGUCCCAGCCCAGUUACCUCACACAUUACCUGUCCCAACCCAGUAAAAGACGCAUGACUAGUCCCAGCCCGGAUACCCUACGUAUUACUGGUCCAAUCCAGUACUAG